AUUUCUGGGACACAGCAGGCCAAGAGCGGUUUCAGAGUAUGCAUCAAUCCUACUAUCACCAGGCGCAUGCAUGCAUCCUAGUUUUCGAUGUCACUCGUAAAAUAACAUAUAAAAACCUCAACAAUUGGCUAGUGGAGCUUCGGAGUUACCGCCCGGACAUACCUUGUUUCUGCGCAGCAAACAAAAUUGAUGCACACGCUUUUUCUGCAGCUGAUAUGGAAGUCACCAAAAAAGCUUUCAAUUUUGCUAAGAAAAAUAGCAUACCCUUUUAUUUCGUAAGUGCCUCCACUGGCACAAACGUUGUGCGUGUAUUUACAGACGCAGUUAGAGCUGCUGUCGCUUACAAGAAAAACCCAAGUGACAUUUUGGAUCAGGUUAUGGAAGAGCUUGAGAACAUGGAAACUGAGCUGGAAAAAAACGCGACAGAAGGCGAGAUCUACGCCGGUGAUCUGCCAUAG